AUGAAUGUUAAAUAAGAUAAUAAGCAAAAUUAUUAUAUAAAUAAAAAUAAAUAAAAUGAGUUUUAAUAAUAAAAUUUAUAGGUCUAAAAUCAAUUUUAAUAAUCGAAAUUUAAUAAUGAAAAUUAAAAUAGCUUUAAUAAUUAAUAAUAUUAAUAAAAUAACAACAAUUUAUAAUAAUAAAAUAUAUAUUAAUAAUAAUAAAAUACAUAUUAAUAAUAGUAUUAAUAAGAAUAAAUUAUAUAUAAAUAAUAAAAUUAAUAAUAUUUAUAACAAAACUAUCCAUAUUAUCCUUAAAAUUAAAGCAAUAUAUUUAAUUAAGAUUUAAAUAAACAGCAAUAAUACUACUAAUAAAAUUUAAAUCUUUAAAAAACAGACCAAACAUUUUAUUAAACUUAAUAAUAAGAAUUUCAAAGAUAAAUAACCUAUGAUGAUCCUUUUAGAGUUUUUUUUUCAUAACCCUAAUACGAAAAAAUGGAAUAUACAGAAGAAGAAAUCGUAUAACUUAUAAACAAUAACUUGUUCGGGCUUUUAGAUGACGUAGUAGAAUAAAAUGCAUAAAUAGAAAUUACUAAUGAAGAUAUGAAGCAUACACUGAUAAGUUUUAACAUAAUUUCAUUUAAGGCUAAGUCUUAUUAAAGUUUACCGAAAAACUUUUAUUUAACUACAAAAUUUUUCAAUUUUCCUUUAUAUGUGACAUAUAUGUUUACUUAUUAAUAAGCUAAUGAUCAAGACUAAAUAAAAUAAAUAAUUUCAAAUAAAAAACCUUUAUUUUUUAUCAAGAAAGUUUAUGAAUAAGUAUUAGAAAUGGAACAGAAAGUUUAGUUUUAAUUCGAAAUUUAAUAACAGAAUAAAAAUAAUUAAUAAAAUAUUUAUUAAGAAUUUGCCUUUUAUUGUGCAGAAAAAUCACUUAUUAUAGAUGUGUGGGAUGCAGAUUCUCAUUUUUUAUAUGGGACUUGUAAAUUUGCUUUAAGAGAUAUUUUGAGAAAUAAAUAAAAAAGAAAAAAUAUACUUAUAGAUUUAGAUGUAAUAGAUGAGUCUUUUAUGGGAUUAAAAGGUGAAUUGUAAAUACAAAUUGAUAAUAUUUGUAAAGAAAAGGAAAAUAGUGAAUAUACAUUAGAAAAUUAAUUACAAAAUAUAAAAGAUUUACAAAAAAAUAAUAUUAAAGAUAUUAAAACAAUCCAAAAUAAAAAAAGAGGAAACAAAAUAAAAGUGGUUUCCACAAAUUCGAUUUCUUUGCCCUAAAAUUAACUAAAAAAGCCCGAAAAUAUAAAUUUAAACGAUGAAAAUUUUCAAAAGUUAGAAAGAGUAAAGCAUUUUAAAAAUGCAUCUUUAAAUAGGAAAAAUUAAGAUGAUAAUUAUUUUUAGGUGAAUUCUUAUAGGAUUUCUUAAAUAAAUGAGUUCAAAUAAAAGAAAAAGCCAUAAUUUAUUUAAGGUAUAAUUUCUUAAUUUUUAUAAGAAGAAAAAAACUUGAAAGUUUAAUAAGGGAAUUUAUAAAUUAUUCCGUUCACUUUUUAAAAUUGUUUUGAGGAAUCUUAAUGCUUUUAAAUAACUAUUGAAAGUUAAUUUAAAUAAAAAAAUUAAUUUUCUUUGAUUUCGGAUCCAUAAGAAUGGAGAUACUUUACUCAAUUGUAUUAAGUUAAACCUCCUUAAGAAUUCGACAUAAUUCAUAAUAAUACUAUUAUACUUUAGAGUUAAGAAGAAGUUGUUUUUUUAUUCAAAUUUCUUUCUUAUAGUGAUUAAAAUGAAGAAAAUGGUCAAAAAUUAAUUAAUGUUUAUUUUUCACUUUAAAAUAAUAUUGUACAGGGAGGAUUCAAACUUAAUAUUACUUAAGAUGGUCCUUCCCCUAACCAUGUAUUUAGAUUUUAUGAAAAGUAUUAAACUCCUAUAUAAUUAACUUUACCUCCUUUAUUCUUAGCAUACCCACCGCCUGAAAAAAAUCUAGAAAUACAUAUAACUAACCCAGAUGUAGAAGCAUAAUGGGUUAAUUCGCGUUAAAUUUUAUUUUUUACAAAAAUGGGAGAAAUCGGACAUAUAAAAAAGUUUUUUGUAUAUUUAUAUUCUUCUGUAUAUAGAGAACAAUUAUUAGGUACUUUUUAAAUUGAAUUACAUUCGAUUGAUGGAUUUAAUGUUAAUGUUGUUAUGGCAUAAAGUACAAAUAUUAAAAUUUAAAUUCAAGGUGAUAUUCCUAGAACUAUUAAAUUAUAUUCUUCUCAUUCAGAUAUAUUAUGGUUUCCUUUUCCUUUCGAUAAGUAGUUUUAUUUAUAACCUGGAAGGAAUAAUUUAAUUGAUGUUACUAUUAAAAGUAUGAGAAAUAAUACUUAAAGAGUCAAAAUUAAUGCUGUAGAUGAAAAAAGUAAUCAACUAAUUUAUUCUUGGAUUGUUAAAAUAGAUACUUAGCUUCCUGAGAUAACUUAGUCUAUAUAACUUUUUAAAAAUGAAUUAAAUAAUAAUUAAAUUUUAUUUUUUGAUUAUAUGAAUUAACAUAAAAAAUCACUUAAUUUCAUUUUUAUUUCAUCAGAUCCAACUGUUCUUAAUGUAAUUAAUACCUAAUAAUUUAUAUAGGCUAAUUUUACAGAAUAAAUAUAAGUUUAACUUAUGGAAAACAAAGAUAAAGUAAAAACAAAAGAUGUUUUAAUUUUUGUAUCUGAUUUUGAAGAAAUUGUAUUUGAAACAAUACAUGAAUUUACAUUAACAAUUGCCUUAUUUUCCAUACUUUUUAUUAAAAUUUAACAAAACAUAGUCAUAUAUUUAAUUCCUUAUCUAAAAAAUUUUUCAGAAAAGAAACUCGAUUGAAAAUUAUUAACUUAAAAAGAAGAAGCUCGUAUUAAAAUUAGAUUAAAAAAUUAUAAUUAACGCAUAAAAUCUCUAGAGAAAUAAAAAGAAAAAUAUCAAAUUAACAAUUAAAAAUGUAAAUUUAAUUUAUGUAUAUGUUAAUAUAUGAAAAAAACUCUUCUUUA